AUGGCCCUCGAGGGUCUGGCACAACUCUCCCGUGGCGGGAUCCAAGAGCUUGACAGUGUUAUCCCUAGAACCGGAUGCCAGCAGCCGACCAUCCGAUAUUAUACCCAGGAUACCCGUAGCUUCCACCCACCGACCUCACCACGUUCCGUACCAUCGCCUGUGAGCCUCGACAGUGAAGCAACUGGAAGUGGAGACUCAUGA